GCGAGGGAGAGAGCGCGCCGGGGCAGCGGUGCGUGCGCUCCGCUCGGCGCCACAGGCUCGCCCCGCGCAGCCCCGGCCGGCCGGGUGCUCUCCAGCAGAGUCGGCACUGCCGCCCCGGAGCCCGAGGAACCGCGGCGUCUGGAGAUCGGAGGAAGCCGGGGCAAGCGCGGAGCCCAGAAGGAACUCGCAGCCCAGAGCCGGGAGUCUGAAAGAGGAGCGGAGCCCGCGGCCCCGGGUGAGCGCAAGCCCGGAGCGCUCCGGGUGGCACGGUCCGCGUCUGGUGCUUCCCGCCUGGACGACGCGCCCCCUCGCCGUCUCGCGCCCUCCGCUCGGGCCCCUGGUACUCUGUCCCCGCCUGAGACGCGCCCACCCUCGCCUCGGCUUCCGGCCGCGGAGGCGCCCGACCGAGCCGCGGACCCCGACGAAAGCGGCGCCCGACCCCACGCGCCCACCAUGCGCCUCAACAGCUCCGCGCCGAGCCCCGGGGGCGCGCCUGGCCCCGACCCCUUCCCCCUGCCGCCGUCGGGGAUGGAGACGACGCUCCUGGCAUCCGGCCUUGGCAACGGCUCCGGCAACGCGUCCGAGUGGGUCCGAGCGGCGCCCAACAGCGACCUGGACGUGAACACGGACAUCUACUCCAAAGUGCUGGUGACGGCCGUGUACCUGGCGCUCUUCGUGGUGGGCACGGUGGGCAACUCGGUGACGGCGUUCACGCUGGCGCGCAAGAAGUCGCUGCAGAGCCUGCAGAGCACCGUGCACUACCACCUGGGCAGCCUGGCGCUGUCCGACCUGCUCAUCCUGCUGCUCGCCAUGCCGGUGGAGCUGUACAACUUCAUCUGGGUGCACCACCCCUGGGCCUUCGGCGACGCCGUCUGCCGUGGCUACUACUUCCUGCGCGACGCCUGCACCUAUGCCACGGCUCUCAACGUGGCCAGCCUGAGUGUGGAGCGCUACCUGGCCAUCUGCCACCCCUUCAAGGCCAAGACCCUCAUGUCCCGCAGCCGCACCAAGAAAUUCAUCAGUGCCAUCUGGCUGGCCUCGGGCCUGCUGGCCGUGCCCAUGCUCUUCACCAUGGGCCAGCAGAACCGCAGCGCCGACGGCCAGCACCCCGGCGGCCUGGUGUGCACGCCCAUCGUGGGCACGGCCACGAUCAAGGUCGUCAUCCAGAUCAACACCUUCAUGUCUUUCGUGUUCCCCAUGGUGCUCAUCUCCAUCCUGAACACCAUCAUCGCCAACAAGCUGACUGUCAUGGUACGCCAGGCCGCCGAGCAGGGCCAGGUGUGCACCGUUGGGGACCAGCACAGCUCAUUCAGCAUGUCCAUUGAGCCCGGAAGGGUCCAGGCCCUGCGGCACGGUGUCCGGGUCUUACGUGCCGUGGUCCUCGCCUUUGUGGUCUGCUGGCUGCCCUACCACGUGCGGCGCCUCAUGUUCUGCUACAUUUCAGAGAAGCAGUGGACCCCGUUCCUCUACGACUUCUACCACUACUUCUACAUGCUGACCAACGCCCUCUUCUACGUCAGCUCCACCGUCAACCCCAUCCUGUACAACCUCGUGUCCGCCAACUUCCGCCAGAUCUUCCUGUCCACCCUGGCCUGCCUGUGUCCCCUGUGGGGGCGCAGGAGGAAGAGGCCAGCCUUCUCGAGGAAGGCUAACAGCAUGUCCAGCAACCACACCUUCUCCAGCAACGUCACCCGGGAGACCCUGUACUAGGGGU